UUCAGGCUAUGCAAAUGCAAGAAAUGUCCCAAAAUGUCUUGAACUAUAUGAAACUAUGAAAAAGUUGGGAAUAAAACCAACCAUAAAUACAUUUCAUCCGCUAAUCAGUGGAUGCAGUAGACAAGGGAUAGAGCUUGUAGAGACACUGUUUACUGAAAUGUUACGGUUUAAUUUGGCUCCUGAUCGAGUUGUGUAUAAUGCAAUAAUUCAUAGUCAUGCCAAAAUUGGAAGUCUUCGAAAGGCAUAUGAACUCUAUCACGGUAUGAUAGACCGGAGAGUUCAAACAGACAACAUGACUUAUCAUAGUUUGAUUCUGGGUCAUUUAAGGGAGGGAGAGUUGUCAGAAACUAAAGAUCUUGUUGACAGUAUGAAGGCCAAAGGAUUAGCCCCUAAUGCUAAUACAUAUAACAUUUUGGUUAAGGGACAUUGCUACAGAAAGGAUUUUGGUGUAGCAUAUAUUUGGUGCAGAGAAAUGAUUGAAAACAAUUUCCACCCUAGUGUUAGUAUUUGCAAGGAGCUUGUUGCUGGCCUUAAGCAGGAGGGAAGGUUGAACGAGGUCCUAGUUAUAUGCUCUGAAAUGAAAGUUAAAGGAAUGGCAGAUUGGGGCUCUAUUGAAGAUCUAUCUGCUGUUGCUGAAACGUAAGAAAGAGACUAUUAUUGUUGAGCUUGCUCACAAUCAAUCUAUCAACACGGGAAAAGAAAGCAAGGAUCUAUCUGACACUACCCAAAGGAUCUACACUUAGCCAGUGAAUACAAGAUGCUACAAUGAACAUUUGGUGAGAUUUUCUCAUCUACUAUGACUAUAAAUUAUCUGCUGCUGCUAAACAAUCAAGUCUGGUGCUGUUAUGCAUUUUUAUCUAUUACGGAGAUUUGGAAGAGAUUUUCAUCUUCAUCGUCUGUAAGUUUCUCAAGAAGUAACAUAUGUUGCAUUUGUAUAAUAAUACUCCAAAACUCAAGGUUGUCAUUUUUAUUUCUAUUUUGGAUGAUAAUACACUUGUUAUAAAUUGCAAUCAUCUAAGAGCUCUUUGUAUAGGACACUGCAAAAAUCAAUUUCUUGGUUAACAAUUUUCAUUUCAUU